CCGUUUUUCCAGCAUUUCGACCUCUGCCGGCAUUUUGCUACUGUCAAGCGAGACUCCACCAGCGGCUCGCAGUCGCUGCCGAUUCGUUUUUGCCAUCAUUUUAUCCGAUACCAUGGUAAAUCACUCGGUCCACGGUCACUUCACGCAAGUUCGCGCGCAGGCAGCGUCGACUUCGCUCGGUAGUCGCGACUCGGUCUCUUCUCCAGGAGCUCUACUGCGCCGACAAGCUGAAAGUCAGCGUUCAGCCGUCAGUGGUACCAGUCCCACCGGUACAUCUCGGAGCAGCGGGCGUUACAAAAAAAAGCGUGCAACCAUGGAAUCAGACACGGACUCAGAUUCGCCCGAGGCCAGGAAGAUGUUGAAGCUAGCGCUGGCCAAGUCCGUUGUGGACACCAAGAUGGUGCGGGCGACGGCAUUGCCGCAAGGUGCCGUGUUCUACCCGACCAUGGAGCAGUUCGCCGACCCCAUCAAGUACAUCUCGAGUAUCGAAAAAGAAGCCUCUCGAACUGGUAUCUGCAAGAUUGUGCCACCGCGUGGUUGGAAUCCACCGUUUGCUAUUGACCUGGAGAACGACGGGGUGCAGUUUGACACAAGGAAGCAGAAAAUUCACGAGCUGCAGGAAGGACAUGCUUACGGCGACGGACGAACGCAUACGUUCAAGUCGUUUCGCGCCGAUGCGGACGCAUUUCGAGAUAACUGGUUCAUGUCAAGAGGAUUGGACCCCGACUCGAUGACGUCCGAGGAAAUCGAGCAGGAAUACUGGCGGAUUAUCCAGACCGGAGAGCCCAGUGUCCAGGUGGAAUAUGCCAACGAUCUUGACAUCUCUCAGGUCGGCAGUGGAUUUCUUCGCUCAAAGAAGCGCUAUGCAUCUCAGGCAACGAAAGGAGAGGAAGCGAUUGAUUUCGCAGACCCCGAAUACUACCGCAAUACGGGAUGGAAUCUGAACAACCUGCCGGACGCGUACGGCUCACUUCUCCGUCACUUGGGCGCUGCAAUCAACGGUGUCAACGUACCGUGGCUCUAUUGCGGGAUGCUGUUCGCGUCUUUUUGCUGGCACGCGGAAGACAACUUCAUGUCCAGCAUCAAUUACCAGCACCUAGGUGCCAAGAAGCGAUGGUACGGAAUUCCGUCCUCAGAUGCCGAGAAGUUCGAAGCCGCAAUGAGAACGCAAGUACCCGAGCGUUUCCGAGAGAAUCCGGACCUGCUGCUUCACCUGACUACCAUGAUCCCACCGUCUGUCUUGCAUGGUCGGGGUGUCAAGGUGUUUACUGUCGUCCAGCAACCCGGAGACAUCAUUCUGACCUUCCCCAAGGCCUAUCACUGCGGCUUCAGCGAAGGUUUCAACUGCAACGAGGCAGUGAACUUUGUUCUCCCCAACUGGAUCGACUAUGGCCGGGAAUGUGUCGAGAUGUACCGUAAGUACAGUCGCGUUUCGAUCUUUUCGCACGAUCGGUUCGUGUUCCACUUCGGGUCGACUCAAAACCUCGACGAGUACUCGCUCACCGACUGUGAGUUGCUGUUGAAGGAGCUGCGACGCUUGUUCCACGAAGAACGCGACUACAAGAAAGCUUUUCUCGCUGACGGAUUGGAGAACGUCGAGGAGUUGAGUGGCGACGUCAUGCUGGACGAGCAGUCGAUGGAGGUGGAUGACGUGCGGCAAUGUUUUCGAUGCAGGCACAACGUUUUCUUCUCGGGUGUGAUCUGCUCGUGCAACCCCAGUCGAUUGUCAUGUCUUCGACACACCAAGGAAAUGUGUGGCUGCGUGAUGGAGAAUCGGACGUUGUUGCAGUGGGUGAGCACGGCAGAACUGCGCUAUGCAAUUCGACGUGUGCAGACGAAGAUGCGUGCGCUGAAAGACAAUUCUACCGAAGAACGCGUUGUCGGCCACAACUCCAAGCUGCAUGCACACGACGCCGUGACGUCGGGCAGUGGGGUUUAUUUUACUAUCAAGCGCAAAGGAACCUCCGUGCGAGCGUAGGAUCAGUCUUGGUGAUUUUGAAAUGCUUGAGUUGCAGGUGUAAUGCAGUAGAAAAUUCUAAGCAAGAAAACAGCCAAAGCAUUUGUCGGUAUCCAAGAGCUAAACUUGCGAGCUUCAUGCGAUUUGUACAUAUUUCGACAUGUAGUCUCUCAAUUCGGAAGCUUUGAGUAUCCCCUCCUGCCCCAAAAGCUGUCGAAGCCCUUGAUGUCGUAAAAGGUUCGUCCAGCGUAUGUUACAACACCGGUGACAUCCUCGUGAGUCUCAAGCUCCAGUGUUGAAAACAACCAUUCUAGUUCAUCAUUGGACAUCUGAGUGAUUGCCCACCAAAGCGUUAAGCCAUAGUUUUUCGGCGCAAGUAACGCGCGCAACGCUGGCCACGACUUGCGCACACUUGUCGCGCGCAGUGGGAACGUCACACUUAUGCUAUCUCCGUAUGGUUUUAAGACCCGCAACAUAUUGUUAACCAUAGCUGAAGAGUAUUCGCGAUGGAUCUCUUCCUCAUUGGAGUUCGCCGUCGUCCACCCGACUGAAAGCACGAGUUUGUGACGGUGUUUUCCAUCGUCACACUCGCUAAGGUCAUUGACCUGUUUCAAAAACGUUUCUGCGUCAAAAGCCACGAAGUUCGAGUUCGCAGGACCCGGCAAUAUGUCGGCAUUGAUGAAAAUGCCCUUGCUAAACGGGAACUGCGUCACGAACUUGGCCAGCUUUGCUAACGACGCCUCGAACGCACGACUGCUCUUGAAGUCGAGCUUCACGAUCAACGGGGUCUCAUUACUUGGCAUCGAGCUCUGGA